AUCAACUUUCUGUGUGCUCUAAGCAACAGUACAGCAACGUGAGUGUCGUGUCUGAUUAGAUGAUGAUUGUGAAUCGUUAGAUCAAAAUUAAAGUUUACUUGAGACUGAGUGUUUCUUAGGACUUGCUUGUGUGUGCUUCGACUACUUUGUGAUGGUGAAGUAUUGCUUGUAAUAUGACUUCAUUGAUACCCUUGUCAUCCCCAGUAAAGCGAUUGCUCGGUUGGAAACGAGGUGAAGGUGAAGAAAAGUGGAGUGAAAAGGCAGUCAAGAGCCUUGUCAAAAAGCUUAAAAAAAGUGGUGGCCUCGAUGAACUUGAAAAAGCUGUAACUUCUCAAAGUUCCAGUACAAAGUGUAUUACUAUUCCAAGAUCGUUAGACGGCCGUCUUCAAGUAUCACAGCGUAAAGGGCUACCUCAUGUAAUUUAUUGCCGCUUGUGGAGGUGGCCAGAUCUUCAGACACACCACGAAUUGCACGCACUUGAAAACUGCGAGUACGCUUUCCAGCUCAAACGUGACGAAGUUUGUGUUAAUCCCUACCACUACCAAAGAGUUGAAACGCCAGUUUUACCGCCAAUCUUGGUUCCACGCCAAGCAGAAACUGGAGUAAACAGCGUCAACCUUUCAACAACAGGAGCCAAUAAUAAUCAUCAAAUCGUUAAUAGCACGGUUGCCACUAUUCAAGACCUGCUGUCACUGGAUGACCUGCCGCUGUCGAUAGCCGACGGUCCUGACUUCAUUAUGUCAACCGCCGGAGUGAACUCACCUAGUCCUGCAUCUAUUGGUAGUGGCGAUGGUGGUGGUGGAACUUUUCCCUUAACAGAAACUCCUCCGCCUGGUUACAUGUCGGAAGACGGCGACACUCAAGAGCCCGCAGAUAUGAUGAAUGGUAGUCGAGUUUCACCUAGCCCUCCUAUCGAUGCACAACCCGUUAUGUACUGCGAGCCGGCAUUCUGGUGUUCGAUAAGCUAUUAUGAGUUAAACACACGCGUGGGAGAAACUUUCCAUGCAUCUCAGCCAUCCAUUACCGUUGACGGUUUUACUGAUCCCAGUAAUUCGGAACGAUUUUGCCUGGGACUUUUAUCAAACGUAAACCGCAACCCUGUAGUGGAACAAACCCGACGACACAUUGGGAAAGGAGUCCGUCUCUAUUACAUUGGAGGCGAGGUCUUUGCCGAGUGUUUGAGCGAUUCGUCCAUUUUUGUUCAAUCCCCAAACUGCAAUCAGCGUUACGGUUGGCAUCCGGCAACCGUUUGUAAAAUCCCACCUGGAUGCAACUUAAAAAUAUUUAAUAAUCAAGAAUUUGCCGCACUUCUUUCCCAGUCGGUAAGCCAAGGCUUUGAGGCUGUUUACCAAUUAACAAGAAUGUGCACCAUACGGAUGAGCUUCGUCAAAGGAUGGGGCGCAGAGUAUAGACGCCAGACGGUAACGUCUACCCCAUGUUGGAUCGAACUUCAUUUAAAUGGCCCAUUGCAGUGGCUUGAUCGAGUUCUGACGCAAAUGGGAUCGCCUCGCCUUCCGUGCAGCUCCAUGUCAUGAUGAUGAAAUAACUUUUGAAGUGCAUACCCACCUUCCGGUUCGGCAGUAAAUCCUUCGUCGAGGGUACUUCGACGCCGAAUACUAGGUCACUCAAAUGUUCUCUAUUGACGUCUAUCCAUACUAGCGUUUGGUAAACGCAGUUAAAAUAAUAGUUACGCAAACCUGCUUGCGCCGAUUAAUUUCUUAAUUCGAAAACGUUUUCCCGAUCAUGCUCAUUUGCAAAUACUGGUGAGCAGUUCUCCUGUUUGCUAUUUCUUUUUACAUCCUUUCUCUUGCCGUUUAUUUUCUUUUUCUAGUUUUUUCCUGAUACGCUCACUGUCCGUUCAUUAUUCCACUCGGAUGUGCAAUAGUCGAUUCAGUCAGACGAACCAAUAUAGCCCGCUCUUCUGCUGCCGUACAUUACCCACCCUAAGCAUUUACCGUUUUUCCAUAGCCCAAACUACCUCGUAAGCUGCGUUCCGCGGAGCUCGUCGUAGUCCACAAGUUCACCAAAUAACUGGAAGCCACUCAGGUCGAUCAAAUAGUCGCCUUUCCGAUCACACCCUCAAGCCACGUCGUUCACUCCCGACAAAUGAUGUGACUCCACACCCCACCUCAAAAGUUUCUGCUCGAGCAUUCACCAAAUGCUGUAUCUACUUUCGUCCGUAUAUUUCCUUUACCCAUCGAGUGACAGAAAAGCAGCAAACCGGAGAAUUCAUUGUUGUACUGUUUAAAAAUUUCUUUCUGAGCUGAGCUGUUUUCAAGCGAAAGAGAUAUCUUUUCCUUAAGUGUUGAUUCUUGUCCUAAUUCUUAGGUUCUUCCAUGUGUUACGAAUUUCGACAGAAAUGCUGGUUAAUUCGAGAUCAAUUUAGAUACUAACAGCAGUGCAUUCGACGCGUUCAUAUUAUAGAAUACCCCCAGUUUUCUGUUGCUAGCGUUUCCUUUUCUAGGACUGUUAUUCUUUAUCGAGGCAUAAAAUACCUUUAAACUUAGAACAUGCAAAAUUCAGUUGUUUCAAAACUGAUGUGUAUACAUUAAUGGGAAUAAGAAUAAAGGUAAAAAAGAGUUA